CAUGUGUUUAUGUUCAUUCAGUAGUGUUUUAAACAGCAUAAAAAGGCACCUAAAAUGAGGCCAGAAAUGACAAGCAGCGGACUGUUUCUGCACUUACCACAAACGCAUUUCCUGAGGUGAAGUUGAGGAGAAAUUAGACUGCAACGCAAGUGUCAUUCUGGUUCAUUGGCAUCGGUGCCAGCUCUACAGAACACAAACGGUCACUGAAGGUUAGUCAAGAAGAUACAUUCUAAGAACAACGAUGCCAUAUCCUACGAAAUGUCCGAAUAUGACAUGUCCAAAUCAAGUACAAGAAAAGGUUUUUGUUGUUGUGUAUUCAAUGGUCUUCAUAAUUGGCCUAAUCCUCAACCUGACAGCACUUGUGGUAUUUGUCCGUAACUCUACAUCCCGUUCGCACACCACCGUGUACAUGACUAACCUGGCCUUUGCUGAUAUUCUUUUGGUUUGUACACUUCCUGUGCGGAUCUAUUUCCACAGUGUGUUGCCCACGGAUCGGCCUGAGAAGUUCUGUGAAUUCAGCGGUCUCAUAAUGCUAGGUAACAUGUACAGCAGCAUCUUUUUCCUCACAUGCAUUAGCUUUGACCGUUGCAUAGCAGUCUGCUUCCCGCUGUCUUCUCGUGUCCGUGAGGGGCGGAAGAAAGCAUGGUGCGUGUGUCUGGGAAUCUGGAUCCUAACUAUCUCAACAAGCUUACCAAUCUAUUUCAUAAAGAAGAAAAAACAAACAUCAGACAACAAUACCUACAAUAACACAUGUUUUGAUGAUUUCCCUUCCUAUGCGACUGAAACAGCUCCUCUUGUUUCCACUCUUAUCAUCGGGUUUGGGAUCCCACUAAUCAUUAUGAUCCUCAGCUCAUGGGGGCUCAUAAGGGCUAUAAGCAAAAGCACGGCUGUCCAGACCAGCGACUUAGUAGACAGCGCAAGGAUUAAAAGGAUGAUAAUAACAAACUUGACCAUAUUUCUGCUCUGUUUUCUGCCAUAUCAUAUUAUGCUCUUGAUACUUCAUGCCAGUGAAUGUUCGUGCACACUGUUAACGGCCUACAGGUACAGCCUCAUGGUAGCUUGCCUAAAUGCAAUGCUGGACCCUGUGGCAUACUACUUCACCACGGAGACGUUUAAAAAAAAAAUGGAUGUUGGAGCUCUACGCAAAAUACGGCCAACGAACAGUCACAGCUCAGACGGAAACAACCGCUCUCGUGCCCCACUCACAACAUAAGAACGUGGGUCUGCUCAACUAUUAUGUAGAUCAUAAUAAGUGUUCAUGUAAGCUAUAUCUCUCAUGCGUACACUGACUCAGUUUACAUGAUCGUUCACAUAUAGAUAUCUGCCUCUAUAAGAGCGAAACACGAUGAGAGAUAAUCGGGUAUGACUCAGUUUUUUUUUUAAAGGAAACCACAAGAAGUCUGAGUUUUCACGUUUCUAGGCUGCAUGCAAACAUAGUGUGUGCAAAAGUGAGUUUGCUGUGAAGCCUUGGUCUUUAUCAUAUAUGCAUCUCUGAUAAAGUAAAUAAAUGACUAAUUUUUAGCCAUUGAUGUGCAACCCCUUUUUAAAAACAAUUUUUUAAACAAGCUCUCAGUGGGAAAUCAUUAUAAGAAUUUUAACAGUGUGACAAAUGAGGAUAAUUAUUUUUUGAUAAACAUACACAAAAGACAGUAAACAUAAGACAUAGAUUAGAGCAUUAUAUCCUCAUCUAAGUUGCAUUAAUGAUUCAUAGCCUUUUAGUUUUGCAGCAGGGUUUUUGGUCUAUUAAUAUUAAAUGUUAAUAUUUGUAAUAAUUGUUAUAAGAAUUUGUAUUUGUGCAUUAUAAUUUUUCAUUUGUGCAUUUUUGAUAUGUGCAUGGUUGUUGUUUCACUUUAGUAAAAGUAGCCUUUUAGAAACUUUUUAGAAAUGUCCUGUUACAUUGUGAAAUUUUAGAUAUUAGUUGUUUGAAAACCACCAAAACCCUUUUUCCUGCCUGUUUCCACACCCUUCCCCUUCUCUACCACAUCCGUUUAACGUUUGCGGAAUACAACAGAAAUUGUCUAAAUAUGUUAAUAAAAUGUAUUAAUACUGACUGAAGUAUAUUUGUUUAACUCUCAUUUCGCAGUUUAAAUGAUUGUUAUCUGUCCAUGUGGUUUU